AUGGGAGGAAAGAAGAUUACUGGUAGUGAGGCCGGAUUCGAAUAUUGUUGGCGGUUUUCGAGGGGUAACUUAGAUGAGAUUGAGCCCAUAAUUAUGUCCAAACUGAAAGCUCAUGAGAAAGAUUCUGAAUUUGUGUCGAAACUGAAACCUGGUUACAGAAUCUUUGUGUUUCAGUUCAGAACUGAUUUUAUCUUGCGGCCCUUUGCCGGUGGGGCCGUCACAGUUAUGGACUCGGAGAGAUUUAGUUGUGUCGAUUUUGAGUUGGCAGACGCUAAAACUGAAUGGGCAAUGCUGUGGUGCCAGGCAAGCGAACGGGCUAGAGAUUACUGGAUGGGCCAUGACGAAAUCAAGCGGCUUGUGGACGAGGCCUUCGAUUUUGCCCGACAGAAUGCAGGGGAUCAUGAUCAUUGGGUUCCGGUGGUAGUGAGCAUGGAGGUAUGCACGGCCCAGCAAGAGGGCGAGUCGAUUGAGGCUUCCAUGGAUAGGGCAAUCCGGGCCCAAUACUUGAUGCCCUUGUCGGUGGAGGAGAAAAACGACGAGGAGAAGAAGGCGUGUGGUAUAUCGUAUAUGCUCGAGAAAUACGUGUCAUGUGGGUGCUCUUUUAUCUACGAUCCCUACGUGUGGCCAUACUUUUCAUGCACGUUGCCUUUGCCUGUGGUUGGAGGGUACCAACCUCUGCCCAACCUGCCAGACUGCCGCAUACCAUAG